UUUCAGAAGACGACCUCCGAGGACCAUGGACCGCGUCGACCAGUAUAACUCAGACGAAGCGGAGAAAUCAAAGAAGCUGAGCGAAUUUCUUGAGUAUCAGAGAAGGACCAAGAAGCGAAUACCACCCAAAUACAAAACAUUCAACUACGAGCCUCUCCCGAGAAAGGAUAGAGCCAUUCGAUUGCUCAAGCUGCUGCCGAGUAGCCCAGAGAAUCCCGCCGUCGAAUGCGAAUUAGUCACGAUCACUGGGAAAGAAAAUGACCGAGGGUAUGAAGCGUUGUCUUGGUGCUGGGGGACUAGCGAUCCUACUGCGUACAUCCAUAUCCGGGAGGAUCGUAAGAUCUUCGCCAAAUACAUCCGUCCCAACUUAUUCGCAGCCUUGAAAGCUUUGCGAGAUCCAGUCAAAGUUAGGCACUUAUGGGUAGAUGACAUAUGCAUUGAUCAGGAAGAUUCCAACGAGAAGAGCCACCAGGUCGAAAUGAUGUGGGACAUCUAUGGCAAUGCCGAUAGGGUGUGCGUUUGGCUAGGCGAAGCCAACGACUCUAGUAGGACUGCCCUGAGGUUCAUCAAGAAGGAGGUGUUGCAAUUACGCGAUUUCGAUGAAUUGUGCGAACGCGGAGAUGCAAGCAAGAAAUGGCGCUCUCUCUUGGAACUCAUGCAAAGAGAAUGGUUCUCAAGACGCUGGGUGGUGCAAGAAAUCGCACUGGCUAGAACAGCGGUUAUCUACUGCGGCGAAGACCAUAUCUCGUGGAAGGAUUUCGCAAUUGCCGUCGAGCUUUUUGUGGAAGUCGAGACUGCCACUCAUCGUUUGUCCGAAGUUAUGCAAAAGAAGUCCAAAGACCGCCAUGUACCAGGGCUGUUCGAUCAUGUCUCAGCUUUGGGAGCAAGCCUCCUUGUCGACGCCACGGACCGUCUUUUCAGGGACUACAAGCAAGAACACCUAGCACUACCCGACGAUAAGAAUGAAGAGGAACCUUCUGAUGCCGAUGCCACAUCCGAUUCGGAGUCCGACGCAUCGUCGACAGCGGUUAAUGAGGGAUGUGUGAGCUCGCCUUCCUCUCGUCGCAGAACGAAUCCGGUGUUUGCGACUAAGAGUCAGAUGCAGCCACUGCUGAGCUUGGAAUACCUUGUGUCAAGCUUGACCAUCUUCGAUACCAGCAAUCCGCAUGAUACAAUCUACGCCCUUCUCGCGAUUGCGAAGGAUACUACACCUACGGCGGCUGAGCUAUAUGGAGCUGCCUCUUCCGAUUACGUUCGGGACGGCCUGGAGCUAUUCACGCAACGGAAACGAUACCACGUCGAUUACAAAUUACCAUACGUGGACGUUUGUAAGGAUUUCAUCCAGUUCUGUAUUCAGCGGUCUCUUCAGGCGGAUCCUAGUAGAGCAUUGGAUGUCAUUUGUCGACCAUGGGCGACAGAAGAGAAGUUGCUGGAGUCUAGGCGCCGUUCAGCCAAGAGAGUGGAGGAGGCAAGGAAGAAAGCCAGAGUGAAGAAGGAGAGACGCGAGCACAGGCGACAAGCGAGAAGAAACCAGAAGCCAGGAAGCAGCUUCAGAUCGGUAGAGCAAGCGCAGGCAAUCAAAGCUCGGACCACUGAGCAAGCGGGAGCCCAUCAUGGAGACUUCGAGACCACUCACCAAGACAUGCCCCUACCUUCUUGGGUCCCUCAGCUGUCAGGAGCGCCCUUCGGGAUGUAUCAGCUCGCCGGAGUAACAGGCCCUAAAAUGAGUCGCAGGAACGCCGAUCCCCUGGUCGGUCUUCCAAGCUCAACUUACAAGAGUUAUUCCGCAGCCGAGACAAAGAGGGUGGAUAGGAAAGCCUUGAGGUUCCGCAAAAGGUUUGAGCUAGGUCACUAUAGCAUGUAUGUUCGAGGGUUUCACCUGGACACCAUCGGCAGGGUGGAGCAGGUGGCGAGGAACGGUCAAAUUCCGAAAGAGUGGGCAGAGCUGGCAGAAUGGCCUGACGCCGAUGGGCGGCCUCCGGAGGCAUUUUGGCGGACGCUGGUUGCCGACCGCGGCAGGGAUGGCAAGAACCCACCGCAGUAUUACUCACGUGCCUGCGCGGAAUCUUUCAAGAAAGGGGGUUACGGAAGCGGUGCGGUCAACACAACCGACUUGAUCAAUUACGAACGCAAUUCGGUCGUCUCGCAAUUUUGUCGAAGGGUUCAAGCUGUCACCUGGAACCGAGCGCUUGUUAAGACAAAAAACGGACGGCUUGGCUUGGUCGGCAAAGACAUCAAGGAGGGUGACAAGGUCUGCAUCUUGUACGGACUCAGCGUUCCCGUGAUCUUACGCGAGAGCCAGAAGAAAGGGGACGAGAUGUAUGGGAAAGAGCUGGUGUCCGAACUUAAGUUCAUUGUCCGCACAGUGGUGUCUUGCUACCGACAGUAUGUGGCCCGCAAGACGCAACAUCGUCGGCGGAAGAAUAUUGAGAUGACUAGGCUGAUGGGGAAAUGGUUGGAGGAAACGGAACGGUCUCGACAGACUAGGGUAAAGAAAGUCGAGGACAAGAAGGGCCGCACGGAGACUGAGUUAAUGGAACACUUCAUGAAGAAAUUGAGGGAAUCAUUUAGCGACGGGAAGGCUGUAAAGGAAGUCGAGGACAAGAAGGGCUGGAAGAAUGAGUUAAUGGAACACUUCAUGAAGAAAGUGAGGGAAUCAUUUAGCGGCUGGAGGACUGUAAAGCGGAAGAUCGAAUGGCGAGCAAUGGAAGAGUCCCGCACUGCGAUCGAAGAAAAGGCCGAAGCAGAAAAGGAAGCGAUAACUGGUACCUCUGAGCAACCAAUGGUUCAAGUUCCUGUGCAGGAAUAUUCGAACACUAGCGCUCAAGAUCAGCGGCCGGUUCACGUGGAAAGGGCCGCUGUAAACGAUUCCUCGAAUGCAACGCAAGGAGCGGCUACCAAACUUCUUCAAAACGGCACGGACAUCCAUAGCGGACCCAAAGAGCAGCUCCACUAUGAUUGGUGGGAGUUCAACGCCCAGUUAAAGUUCGGACGUCGAUGGAAGAAGAUAAUCAGGGCCAGAAAAGCCAAGCUAAUGCAAGAAUGGAAGCAUCCGAAGCUAGCAGCACUGGAAGCUGCGAGACAGGCCCCGAGUGAGACCGGGCGAUGCGACAUGACCAACCAGGCCUUGAGCGGGUCUCCCACGGUCGUGCCUGAUCAUGCGUCGACGUCCGCUCUAGAGCAAAGGACAGUGUCAGCAGUUUCAGAGGCUUCUGAGCGCUCUAGACAAGUCCAAAGCAAUGAUGACGGGAACGUGGAAGAAACCGGCAAUCAGACAGGUUCCAGCCUGCGUGGCUCAGAUACUCAGGGCUCCUCUCGCCGUGAGCCUACCCUUGGAGACUCGAGUCAUGUCUCCUUUCCGAAUAGCCAUGAAGCUAGCGACGCAGAAACCCAGUCUGAAAAUGAACACCGUCAAUCAAGCUCCGGCGUAGCGUCGACCAACGGAGAUCGUGACAAGCUAGACACAACCGGAGGAGCCCAAGAACCCGGUCCAUCUACGAUCACUGCGACGGAUGAGACCCCCGGCAAAGCCCUCAAGAGUACGACCGCAUCGGAGCAAAAGAUCUGUCCGCGGUGCAAACUACCUAUGCGAGACACAACUGGGAGCGAAGCAGAUGGAUGCAUCAAGGGGAUCUUGGACGGUCUGCGGCAGAGGCAAGGUCAGGAAGGCUUCCUUUAUUAUCAGCUGCUGGGCGAAUGCUACGUUCACGGGAUGAUGGAUGGAGAAGCGAUGCUCUAUCAGAAUGAGGAGUCUAUCGCUUCUGUGGUUUUUGAGAUUCGUUGA